AUGAGGUUUGCACGAGCAGGGUGGGAGGGAAUUGAGGGAGGCAACGCCACCCGAGGCCUUUCCGGCACGGCGAGAGCUGGUCUGGAGCAGCCUCCGCCACGGGCAGACCCUCGUGCGCCAUCGUCGAUUGGCUAUCUGCCAUGCCGCCUGGCCGGGCCGCAGGCCGACUUCCACGUCCGAGUCCCAGAGCGAAGCAUGGGCCUGGGGUUGGAGGAGCAGCCCCGAGCCGUUCUCACCCCCUCCGAGUGCACCGGCACGCAGAAGAGUGUGGGGGGCUCAUCCCCGGCUGCCCUCUUCCACUUGGUGGUGCCGCUCAUGCGCUGUGAGAGUCUGGAGCUCACAGAGUGCUUGGUGCUGGGUCUUGGGUGCACCAACUCGGGCGCCUUCCGUGAACUGAUGGAGGAGCUGAACCCGAUAAUAAAAGAGGUCCUGGAUAAGAAGCAAGAGAAUGUGCGUAAGAAAAAGAAACGAGACAUCCUGCGGGUGCAGCUGGUGCGAAUCUUUGAGCUUCUUGCCGACACUGGGGUUAUCAGCCACAGGGGUAGUGGUGGUCUCGAGGCAAGCACGCACACUCUGAGCAGCUCGCUGCUGGAGUACGUGGAUCAGACCCGGCAGCUACUGGAGGUGGAGAAUGACAAGGACUUGGAUUCCGUGCGCGACGCGCGGAUGCACUUCAGUGCACUCAUCGCCAACCUCAUCUCACACCUUCCAAUAUCGGAGCGACGCUUGCUGUUCCCCCAGCAGAGCUUACGGCACAGUUUAUUCCACCUUCUCAGCCAGUGGGCAGGCCCGUUCCGUCUCAUCUCCACGCAGCUCGAGUGGAGUACGGAGAGGAGUCAGCCCAUCACACGCCAGAAUUUCCUCGCUCUCAAGGCUAUGGCGGCCGUGCUGUGCUGCGGGCCCUUGCUGGAGAGCGUCGGUCUCCCCAUGGACGGGUACCUGCAGCGGUGGUUGGACAGCAUUUUGGGACACCCGGACCCGCAGGUGCACCAGCUGGGCUGCGAGAUGGUGGUGCUGCUGCUGGAGCUGAACCCUGAGCUGAGCUACCUGCUGCAGUGGGCCGUUGACCGCUGCUACACGGGCUCGCCGCUCGUGGCCGCUGGCUGUUUCACCGCCAUCGCGACCACCUUCACCAGCAGGGAUUGGCCAAUGGGCAUGAUCACUUUGCUCAACCUGAUCCUGUUUAAAGCGGCUGACCCAUCCCAGGAGAUCUACGAGAUGGCGCUGCAACUCAUGCAGGUGAUGGAGGAGAAAUUAUUUGGGUACACAGAGCGAGACGAGUCGGGAGACGUGGACGGCCUGCUGAGUUCGCCUAUGCCACUGCCUCCUCUCUACUCCCUCUCGGCGUACUCGCUCUCUGAAGAGCUCGCACGCCUCUACCCCGAGCUCACCCUGCCACUCUUCUCUGAGCUGAGCCGGCGAUUCCAAACCACGCAAACCCCAGGCCGCCAGGUGCUGCUCUCCUACCUUCAGCCGUGGCUCAGCAACAUUCAGCUGGUGGCGGGUGGCGCCGGCGGCGCCUGGGGUCUCCCAGGCGAUGCGGGGAGCGGCGGCAGUGGCGGUGGUGGCGGCACGCCGGAGCGGAGCGCCGUCGAAGGCGCCGGCUGGGACGAGGAGGAAGAUGCGGAGGCGAGGCGCGACUCCGGGCAGGGACGGCGCUGGCUCAAAGGCUCCGGCUGGGGAUCGCCGCUCGCCACCGCGCUGGUGCUCAACAACCUCCUGCACAUGACCGCUCAGUACGGGGAGGGCUCCCCGAGUGCAGAGCUGGAGAGUGUGUGGACGGCGCUGGCCGACAGCUGGCCCGGGAACCUGCGUGUCAUCCUGCAGUUCCUGAUCGCACUCUGCGGCGUGCGCAGUGAGCCUGACCUGCUGCCCUCUAUCAAGAAGGUGGUGAUCUUCAUCUGUCGGGAGAAGACGGUGGAGACCCUGGAAGAGCUGCUGCCCGAGCUGGAGCGCAUGGAGCCUGUCAACUCCAUCCUCAUCCGCACCAAGAACCCGCCGUUCUACAGGCUUCUCACGGGCCAGCGGACCUCCCCGUCAGCCUCUGGCACGAGCUCCAGCAGCCACACGCUCGCAGGGAGCGGAGGCGCUGCCGGGAUUGCGCAAGGGCCCGACAACAAGAUGGUCAACGGGGCGAGCUUUGAAGAGAGCCACCCUCACCAGGAGGUGAACUACGGCAUCAUGCGGCCGCACCCCCGGCUUGAGUCGCGCUACAGCAACGGCUCGGGCAGCUCCAGCGAGGACGACAAAACUGAGCCAGCAUACAUGAGCUGGAGGGUGCGGAUGGCGGAGGCAACACGCCCGGAACCCCUGCCCAUGCCUGCCUCCUUAGGCUACUGGGCUCGUCUUACAGAUCACUUGCCUGAGACCUUCAGCCAGGCCCCUCCCCUCCACAGGUGCAGCAUCGCGAUGAUCCUGCUGACGGGACUCGUAGUGGACCAUGGAGUGCAUUUGGAGUGGAGCAUUCAUUUACCGGUGCUCCUGCACGCCGUCUUCCUGGGUUUCGACCACCAGCACCCGCAGGUGCCCGAGCACAGCAAGCAGCUGCUACUGCACCUGCUGCUGGUGCAGGUGGGGGGGUUGGAUGUCCACCGCUCGGUGGCACGGGUCCUCCUCGCCAACCGAGACUUCAACCACAGCAAGAUCCUGGCCGUGCAGGCGUCGCCUGCCCAGCACAGCGCAUUCCUCGGAGCCAGCGAGCUGCGUCAGAUCUCGCAGAGCCCCUCCGCCACCGACUCGGGCCUGAGCCCCAGCUCGACGGGCUCCAGCCUGAGCCUGGGCAGCACGGGCGAGCAUGCGGCUGCUCACGCGCCCACGCUGCUCCACGCGGCGCUCACGGUGGCGCCGCCCGACGAGCGGGACGCCUCGUGUGACGUGGAGGAGAGGGCACGCGCCCUCGUCCAUUUCAUCAGCACCAGAAAGUAUGGGCCCCUGUGGAAUUACGAAGACAUCUCCACCAAGAAUCAAAACAUUCAGAGUGCAGAGCAGCUUAGCAAGUUCCUCUUGCAUGUUGUUUCAAUCUUCAAGGACAGCAGGCCAGGCUCCAACCUGGAGCAGCGACUCGGCGAGAUGGCGCUGCGCCUGGCGCUCGCGUGCCCGUCGCGCCACUACGCCGGGCGCUCCUUUCAGAUGCUGCGCGCCCUACGUCAGCCGCUGGGCAUGCACAGCCUCUCGCUGCUGCUGUCGCGCCUCGUCGAGAGGGUGGGCGACGCGGCGGAGGAGACUCAGGGAAAUGUCUUGGAGGUGCUUUUGACUCUCGAAACCGCCGUGGAUACAAUAGCGGAGUGCUCCAAACUUAACAACUUUCUCAUUGCAUUCUCUGGUUCCCUGGACCCGGCGCUCUCCACCAAGAUGGAACCGAGCCGCUGCAGCACGGGGCAGCUGCAUCUCAGCUCGAGCCCCAUCCGCACUGGUAGCCUGUCGAGCUGCCACAGCGCCAGCCCCAACAUCAUCAUCAGCAACAUCAUCAGCGGCAUGGGCAGGCGCAAGCGCAGCAACUCGGCCUCGCAGAAGCACGCGCUGCUGGCGGAUGGGGGCUCCGAGUGGCGCAGCAUCACGCUGGACCGCCCGUACGAGCGCGUCCGUCGCAGCAGCCCCCUCGCCAAGGCCCGCAGCCUCACCUCGCUUGCCGAUGAUGGCGGAGGGGCGGCGGGGGGCGUGGCGGGGUCGGGAGCGGGAUCGGGGAUAGGCACGCCGCCAUCAGACCCCUUGGCUCUGCUCACGGUCAUGUUCUGGGGGGCAAGUGCCCUGCUCGAGUCGGACUACGAGAGCGAGUAUCUCAUGGGACUCCGCCUUCUCGAAAGGCUGCUGGGCCACGCGCUACCUCUGGAUGAUGGAGCCAGUAGCAAGGUGUGGGAGCGCCUGGAGAAGGCCCUGGCCCAGCUGCGGUGGGCCGGAUUCCCAGGCCUGCAGCUGUUGCUGCUCAAGGGGCUGACGUCCCAGGCCACUGUGGAGCUCACGACGCGCCUGCUCAGCCGCCUCACUCCCGUCUCCCGUGUCGCCGUUAUCGACGCCUCCCAGGCAACAGGUUUCCCACUUAACGUCCUGUGCCUCCUGCCACAUCUGGUGCUGCACUUUGACAACCCCACACCGUUCUGCAAAGAGUGCGCUGACAAAAUAGCGAAGGUGUGCCUGGAAGAGAAGACCACGAAACUGCCCAACCUAGCCCACGUGAUGUCAAUGUACAGCAACCGCACGUACACGCGCGACUGCACGGUGUGGAUCAGUGUGGUGUGCUGCUACAUCCACGACACCUAUGGCGACUACACACUCAACCUCGUGGGCUACUUGGCAGAGCUGCUGGAAAAGGGUCUGGCCAGCAUGCAGCGCUCCAUCCUGCUCACAAUGCACAGCCUCCUCAGCCAAGUGGAGCUCACUGCCGCUCCCCUCAAGCACUUCAACCUUGAAGUCAUGAAGGUCGUCAGCAAGUAUGUCCAGAUCACUCUUGCAGAAGAGACUUGUCAUCCCUAUGAGUUCACGCCUAGUGAAAUUAAGUGGAGGGCCUUGGUGGUCACGGAGACUCGAAGCACUGCCCAGGAUGAGACAAAGUGCUCGAGCUUGGAACUCGUCUUGGGAUACUUGAACCAGAAGUUGCUGCUCGCCAUCAGGAUGACCGUGUGA